AUGGCUGCCUCGAAGCGGUCCGAGGGCGAGCUGCUGCCUCUGCCGCAAGACCUAAGCCACCAUUUCUCCGAGGUCACGAAAAGACGAACACCCAGUUCUAUCAAGGAAUUUUAUAGAUUUUUCGCGAUUCCGAAUAUUGGAAACCUUGGCGGCGGUCUCCCCAACGACGAGCUUUUCCCAUUUGACACGCUCGAAGCGCAAACAGCAAACCCAGAUCGCUAUCAAUGUACACCAAACCAUCCCGUGUCUGCGCGACAGGGCAGCCAGCCUGUAACCAGGGGAAAGGUGCCGCAGAGUGACGUUAACACAGCUUCAUGGCGCAUCAAGGUUCCCAAGACGACGCCUCAGGUCGACCCCCUGAAGCGCAUCGACCUGUCCACUGCGCUUCAAUAUGGCACCGCCGGCGGCUAUCCUCCGCUCCUCUCUCUUAUUCGCCAGUUCACAACGGAGCUGCUGCAUCCCACAGUCCCGUAUCGUGGCGGGCCCGAAGUCAUCCUCACCUGCGGCUCUACCGACGGCUUCUCCAAGACGGUUCAGCUCAUCAGCAACACCUGGAACCCCAGUCACGAUCCGGUUUCCAGCCGGCCCGGCAUGUUGUGCGAGCGAUACGUCUACAACAAUGCGCUCGCCUGCGUCGAGCCCAGAGGCAUUCAGGUCGUUCCCGUUGACAUUGACUCUGACGGAAUGAUGGGCAAGGGCCCCGGUGGUUUGCAAGAUAUUCUGCAAAAUUGGGAUCCCCGACAAGGAGCGCGUCCUCAUUUUAUAUAUACAGUGACAAUGGGCCAUAACCCAACCGGCACCGUCAUCUCGGUGGAGCGACGACGCGAAAUCUACGCCAUCUGCCAGCGCUUCGACGUCAUCAUUGUCGAAGAUGACCCCUACUGGUAUCUUCAAUUCGCUUCGGCUGCGGAACGCGAAGCCGAAUCGAGGGGUCAUGUUGUCAAGCCGGCCGUUCCUUAUGCGCCCCCAAAGCUGACUGGGUACGACUUUCUUGAUUCUCUCGUGCCUUCGUAUCUGAGCAUCGACGUGGACGGGCGAGUCAUUCGGCUCGACACGUUUUCCAAAACCGUUGCGCCCGGCUGCCGGUUGGGCUGGAUCACGGCUCAGCCUGCCUUUAUCGAGCGACUGGAAAGAAUUACGGAAACGACUACGCAGCAGCCCUCUGGUUUCGUGCAAGCCAUGGUCGUCGAGAUGCUGAUGGGGCCCGCGCAGAAAGACAAGGUCAAGUCCUUCCACAAGCUAAGCAUCAAGGACAAGGCUCAGUACCAAGGCUGGGAGCUGGACGGCUGGGUCCGAUGGCUCGAGGGACUGCGCGGCGUCUACGAGCGCAGGAUGCUGCGCAUGUGCUCUCUCCUCGACGAGAGCCUGUUCCAGCUGAAGCAGUCCACGCCCGUCAACGACCUCGAGUCGGACUGGGGCGUCAUCACCAAGACGCGCAUCAUGUCGUACGACUGGCCGCGCGGCGGCAUGUUUGUCUGGGUGCGCAUCCACCUGGAAAACCACCCGCUGUGGCAGGCCAAGGGCACGUCGGUACCCGUGCUCGACGGCCCGGCCCUGGCGCAGGCGCUCAUGAUUUUCCUCACGCACAAGCCGCAGCUGGUCAUUGCCGCGCCCGGUACUAUGUUUGCUGCGACGCCACACGUCGCCGAGGAUACUGCGUGGGCGUAUCUGCGCCUGUGCUUUGGCACCGAGACGGAGGAAAAGAUUGCGCCCUGCUCGCGCCGAUUCGCGGCCGGUCUGCAGAGGUUCUGGCGCAUCAAGAGCGUCGAGGAGAUGGAGCGUCUCGUCGCCGAGCUGAGGUCGUCCAGCGAGCCGGAUUUAGAGGAUCUGGCCAACCUGGGUUUCGAGGGUGAUGAGUAA